AUAUUUUCACAAUGAAAAUAAUUGUGACUCUAAAACAGUUGACCUACGUUAAUCUGAUGUUAGACUAGAUACCAAUUUAGGUAAUUUCUAAUCUGACAGUUUCAAUUUUGACAAAACACAUUUGCGCAAUUAACUGAAGAAUAGGGAUUUCAAUGUAAAUUUAGGAGUUAGAAUGGCAGAUACUGUAGAUAAUAAAAACCAGCACGAAGUCCUGUACUGUCCAGAAGAAGCAGACUGGGAAGGUUACGUGAAAUACCACGACAUCAAUUACGAUUGGGGUGACAUUUUAGCUUUAAAGCGGGCCAAGAAGAAAGCCGGCUUAUGGAACGACUACAAAAAACCACCGACUCCAAACAGUAACGCCCAUCUCAUCUAUAACCAUCGAUUCCUAAAAAUACCGAAUCUAAAUCCGAGCCUCUACAACAACAAUUAUUCUCUCCUCAAUAACGAUUUAGCCAGUCAGAAGAAGUUACUCCACAGAAUGGAGGAAACGUACUGGACUAAUUGGAAACCUAGUAAACAUAGAUCCCCGGAAACUACGGUUAAGAUUAGGCGGCCUAAACCGCAACCCGAAGAUAGGGAAUUUCACUGCGAAGAAGACCCAGGGCGUCAAUUAAUUGAUUUCUUUGCUAGAGCAAAUUUUUCUACCAGCACUGUGUCUGCAGAUGAUCACACUUUCAAUAUCAGACCCAAAACCUGUAGGCCCAAACCGAAAACCAAAAAAGCUGGCAGUCCUUUUCCGCUAAUAUUACCAGAAGAGAAGAAGAAUGAAACGCGAACAGUAAUAGAAGAGACUUCAAGAGUUAGCACUCCGUUGAGUAACGGUAACAGAACUUACAGCGUACGUUCCGACGAUGACUGUCGUCGCACCACCGCAAUAUCUCUGACUCUAAGCCAACAACCGUCUCAUAUCAGCAUACCGCCAGAUAGCGACGAUGAAGGCAGUACUACAAAAAUAAAGACCUUUAGGCAUAUAGAUUCGUUGGUGUUAAGUAGACGGAGGCAAGACGAACCUAAAGAACAUUUCCAGCAACCCAAAUGCAUAAAAUUGUAUAAGAAUAAACCCAAAGGUGGGACAUAUCCUUUGAAGCCUUUGGCGAAGAAGGAUACCAGCGCUAGAGGCAGUUUUCGGUUGGCUGCACCUGGAAGUCCGAUCCUGGUGACUGGGAGUUCGUUUGGUGCUGGGAGUUGUAGGCGUGGGAGUAGAAUUUGAUAAUGAAAUUGUUUGUAAUAAAAUGUAUACUUUGUA